AUGAAGACUGCGAUUCUCAGCGGCCUCUCCCUGCUGGCCGUGGCCAUGGCCCAGCAGGUCGGCACCGAGGAGCCCGAGGUUCACCCCAAGAUCACCUGGAAGCGCUGCACCGGCACCAACGGCAGCAACUGUGCUACCGUCAACGGUGAGAUCGUCAUCGACGCCAACUGGCGCUGGGCCCACAACGUCGGCGGCUACGAGAACUGCUUCGACGGCAACGACUGGACCGGUCUCUGCACCGGCGCCGAGGACUGCGCCAAGAACUGCGCCGUCGAGGGUGCCAACUACGGCGCCACCUACGGUGUCUCGACCAGCGGCGAUGCCCUCACCCUGAAGUUCGUCACCCAGCACAACUUUGGCACCAACAUUGGCUCGCGCACCUACCUCAUGGAGAACGAGUCCAAGUACCAGAUGUUCACCCUGAACAACAACGAGCUGGCCUUCGACGUCGACCUGUCGACCAUCCCCUGCGGCAUGAACUCGGCCCUCUAUCUCGUCCCCAUGAAGCCCGAUGGUGGUCUCUCUGACGAGCCCAACAACAAGGCUGGUGCCAAGUACGGUACCGGUUACUGUGACGCCCAGUGCGCCCGUGACCUGAAGUUCAUCAACGGCAAGGGCAACAUUGUCGGCUGGGAGCCCUCGCCCACCGACGACAACGCCGGUGUCGGUGCCAUGGGAUCUUGCUGCGCCGAGAUCGACAUCUGGGAGUCCAACCGCGAGUCGUUCGCCUUCACCCCCCACGCCUGCAAGAACAACAGCUACCACGUCUGCACCGACACCACCUGCGGCGGUACCUACUCCGAGGACCGCUACGGCGGUGGCUGCGACGCCAACGGCUGCGACUACAACCCUUACCGCCUCGGCAACACCGAGUUCUACGGCCAGGGCAAGACGGUUGACACACGCUCCAAGUUCACCGUCAUCUCCCGCUUCCGUGACAACGUCUCCGAGCAGGUCUUCAUCCAGAACGGCAACGUCAUCAUUCCCCCCAAGCCCACUCUCGCCGGCCUGACCCAGUUCAACGCCGCCAUCACCCCCGAGUUCUGCACGGCCUACCCCACCAUCUUCGGUGACCGCAACCGCCACGACGAGAUUGGCGGACACACUCAGCUCAACGCUGCCUACCGCCUGCCCAUGGUCCUCGUCCUGUCUGUCUGGGCCGACCACUUCGCCAACAUGCUCUGGCUCGACUCCAUCUACCCCCCCGAGCGCCGUGGCGAGCCCGGUGUCGCCCGUGGCCGCUGCCCCGAGACCGGCCGCACCCCCGCCGAUGUCAUCCGCAACCACCCCAACGCCUCCGUCACCUGGUCCAACAUCCGCUUCGGCCCCAUCGGCUCCACCCACAACACCUCCGGCGCCGUCAGCCCCCCGGUCACCCCUCCCAGCUCGACCACUCGCCCCGUCACGCCCCCUACCACCACCACCCGCGCCGCCACCACCACCACCCGCGUUGCUCCUCCCACCACCACCACCGCCUCCACCGGCGGCCCUACCGCUCCCAAGUGGGGCCAGUGCGGUGGCCAGGGCUGGACCGGCCCUACCGUCUGCGCCGCCGGCUCUACCUGCCAGGCCCAGAACCAGUGGUACUCUCAGUGCCUGUAA